UGUUUACACUGGUGUAUUUUUUUUUAAUUUGACCUCUUUUACAUAUUUUGAUUUCUCCUUAUUUUGUUUAAUUGUCAGUGACAUGUGCGCGCCCUCGCGCACUCACAAACUCGGUAUUAGGUCUACAAAAUGUUUUUUUUUUAAGUGACUGUUUUUUGCUUUCCUUUUAAACCAAUAACAAGUAUUGAUAUUCAUUUUAUUUAUAUUUGUGUACUGCACGUUUUAUGAUCAGUUUACUUUUGUGAGUAGUUUAUAUUUAUGACAACUCUACGCCCACACACGCCAUUUAACCAAACAAUUCCGGAAGCGAGGCUAAAAACACGCAUGUCUUUUAAGAGUUUGUUUACGCGGACUUUAGUUGAUUGACACUUGCCAUGUCAACGCCCCCGCGAAAGCAGCCAAUCACAUACACGCUAGCCAAAAGAAACCCGGAAGUGAAGCUAAAAAUAAACUUUGCACUUUAGACCAAGGCCUCGCUUUCUUUCUAGCAAACAUCACUUGAGCACGGGAGGUUAAUUAGUUAUCAAUUAUAAUAAUUUGCUUUCACGUCUUUAUUUUGUAGAUGUAAUAAUUCAACCAUCACAAGUCUCUCCGUUCAAACUUGAUGAAUUAAUCCAUGACGACGCCGUUGCCGUGAUUGUGAGAAAAUAACUUUAUUUUGUUGCUUUAUCUUUAAAUCCAAAUAGUGCAAACGAGGUGCUAGCGAUAAAUUAACCAAACGAAAAUGGACGGCAGUGAAAAGGCAAAUUACAGUCAGAUCCCAACCGGGGAUUCGGCGGGGACGCUCGAAAAAGGGCGCGUCGACGUCUCGUGCGGGCGGCGCGAGACGAGGAUGGCGCUCCAAGUCAACGCGUACACGGCGACUACUUGGAUGCUUGUUAUCUGGCGAGCGUGCAAUGGGAUGAUGUCUUUAUUCUUUGGCUUAGCGACGUUCGUACAGAUCAACGACCCGGAUGCCGCCUUGUGGAUGUUCGGUUACGGCGUUCCUUCCAUCCUCUGUGCGCUCAUUGGGCUCAAACCCCACGUGACGGAGAUUUUAGCUUGGAGACGUGUGGCUGACUUGCAUAUGAUGCUGUGCACCGGGAUGCUCCUGAUCAUCGGAUGGAAACUUAACGGCCAGAACACGACAGGCGUCUUCCAGGAAGAGGAGGCCAGAGAAUUUGGUGGUGUGGUAUUGACAGUUUUGUGGCUAAUGCUGUGUCGUCACUCCGGAAGGUCGGCAGUGGGUAAGCUCAGAGUGUCGGCCGCCGUCCUUGUCACUCUUUUUCCAUUUGCGUGCUGGUUUUACUUCCACAUCCACGAAGAGCUGCGUGCUAACUGGCCGGCGCACUGCAAAACUGCACUUUAAUAACAACAAAAGGACAUUUCAUUUGCAAUAUGACUGAAAACUAUGGAACAAUAACACUUUGAUGACUCAAUGAAUGUUGUUUUGAUGAUGUGUAAUUUCAUGUUAUUUAAUUUUAUUAAAACUAUUUGUGAGAAAACUAUGGCGUAAUAACAGUUUGAUGAAUCAAUGUAUGUUGUUUUGAUCAUCUGUAAUUUCAUCUUGUUUAAUUUUAUUAAAACUAUUUGUGAGAAUCAAUAAGAUACAAAUAGUUUGUUACUGUAA